AUGGGCAAGAGACGUCCUAACCAACCUUUUCGACGACCAACAGAACAAGAGGAAGAGAUGUCCGCUGCGUCAAAACAACAAACUAUUGAGCUGGGUGAUUUGGAUUUACCGCAGUUAGCGGAGGUUAAGAAGCAAUUGGAAGAAGAAUUAAACCACUUAACAAAUUCCUUUGGAAAAUUGAAGCAAGCUCAGACACGAUUUCAGGAUUGUAUAGAUAAUUUACAAAACAUAAAAGCAAAAAAAUCAGGUGAAUUGUCUGAGACAGAUAAAGUGAUAGUAGAUGUUGGAACUGGAUAUUAUGUUGAAAAGGCUUCAGACGACGCUAUAAAAUUUUAUUCGGAUAAAGUCGAUUUUGUCAAAAAGAAUUUAGAUAAAUUACAGGAAACGAUUAACACAAAACAAAACAAUUUGAAAUUUUGGGAUUUUGGUUAUGCUUGGGAUUCGGAAUUUUGA